AGGCGGGCAGGCGGGCAGAGCCCCCCUGGGCGGCCAGACCAUGAGGAAAUUCAACAUCAGGAAGGUGCUGGACGGCCUGACCGCAGGCUCGUCCUCGGCCUCGCAACAGCAGCAACAGCAGCAGCACCCGCCUGGGAACCGGGAGCCCGAGAUCCAGGAGACGCUCCAGUCCGAACACUUCCAACUCUGCAAGACUGUUCGCCAUGGAUUCCCCUAUCAGCCCUCAGCCCUGGCCUUUGAUCCCGUACAGAAGAUUCUGGCAGUAGGAACUCAGACUGGUGCUUUAAGACUCUUUGGCCGUCCAGGAGUGGAGUGUUAUUGCCAGCAUGAGAACGGGGCUGCAGUGAUCCAACUCCAGUUCCUGAUUAAUGAGGGAGCCCUCGUGAGUGCCUUGGCUGAUGACACCUUACACUUGUGGAAUUUACGUCAGAAAAGGCCUGCCAUACUACAUUCACUUAAAUUUUGCAGAGAAAGGGUUACAUUUUGCCAUCUGCCUUUCCAGAGUAAGUGGCUCUAUGUGGGCACUGAGCGGGGUAAUAUACAUAUUGUCAAUGUGGAGUCCUUCACACUCUCAGGCUAUGUCAUCAUGUGGAAUAAAGCCAUUGAACUGUCAUCUAAAUCUCACCCAGGCCCUGUCGUUCAUAUAAGUGAUAAUCCCAUGGAUGAGGGGAAGCUUUUGAUUGGCUUUGAAUCUGGAACAGUUGUCUUAUGGGACCUCAAGUCAAAGAAGGCUGACUACAGAUACACAUAUGACGAGGCUAUUCACUCGGUGGCUUGGCAUCAUGAAGGAAAACAAUUUAUUUGCAGUCAUUCUGAUGGUACUUUGACCAUAUGGAAUGUGAGGUCCCCUACUAAACCUGUACAGACCAUCACUCCUCACGGAAAACAGUUAAAGGAUGGGAAGAAACCCGAGCCAUGCAAGCCUAUCCUCAAGGUGGAGUUCAAAACGACUAGAUCUGGGGAACCUUUUAUUAUUCUGUCAGGAGGUUUGUCUUAUGAUACUGUGGGGAGAAGGCCCUGCUUAACAGUGAUGCAUGGGAAAAGCACAGCUGUGCUGGAAAUGGACUAUUCAAUCGUCGACUUUCUCACACUCUGUGAAACGCCAUACCCCAACGAUUUUCAAGAACCAUAUGCUGUGGUUGUUCUGCUGGAAAAGGAUUUAGUGCUGAUAGACCUUGCACAAAAUGGAUACCCUAUAUUUGAGAAUCCCUACCCUUUGAGUAUACACGAGUCCCCAGUUACGUGCUGUGAAUAUUUUGCUGAUUGUCCUGUGGACCUCAUCCCUGCACUUUAUUCUGUUGGAGCUAGACAGAAACGUCAAGGCUACAGCAAAAAGGAAUGGCCUAUCAAUGGAGGUAAUUGGGGCUUGGGUGCUCAAAGUUACCCGGAAAUAAUUAUUACAGGGCAUGCUGAUGGGUCAGUUAAGUUCUGGGAUGCUUCUGCAAUAACUCUACAAGUACUGUAUAAAUUAAAAACAUCUAAAGUGUUUGAAAAGUCAAGAAAUAAAGAUGACAGACCAAACACCGACAUUGUAGAUGAAGAUCCAUACGCCAUUCAGAUCAUCUCCUGGUGCCCAGAGAGCAGGAUGCUGUGUAUCGCUGGAGUGUCGGCGCAUGUCAUCAUUUACAGAUUCAGCAAGCAGGAAGUGGUUACAGAAGUCAUCCCGAUGCUUGAAGUUCGACUGUUAUAUGAAAUAAAUGACGUGGAGACACCAGAGGGUGAGCAGCCGCCGCCACCUCUGUCCACCCCUGUGGGCAGCUCCAACCCUCAGCCUGCCCCUCCUCAGUCUCACCCAUCCACCAGUAGCAGCUCGUCUGAUGGGCUUCGAGACAACGUACCUUGUUUAAAAGUCAGAAGCUCACCACUGAAACAGUCUCCAGGUUAUCAGACAGAGCUAGUUAUUCAGUUGGUGUGGGUGGCUGGAGAACCUCCCCAGCAGAUCACCAGCCUGGAACUCAACUCUUCCUACGGACUGGUGGUUUUUGGCAACUGCAAUGGCAUCGCACUGGUUGACUACCUCCAGAAGGCAGUGCUGCUCAACCUUGGCACCAUCGAACUGUAUGGCUCAAACGAUCCUUACCGGAGAGAACCCCGGUCGCCUCGGAAGUCGCGACAACCUUCAGGAGCGGGCCUGUGUGAUAUUACUGAAGGGACUGUCGUCACAGAGGAUCGCUGCAAAUCUCCAACUUCUGGCUCUUCAUCACCACACAAUUCAGACGAUGAACAAACAGUGAAUAAUUUUAUAGAAAAGGUGAAGACCAAAAGCAGAAAGUUUUCCAAGAUGGUAGCCAGUGAUCUAGCAAAGAUGUCAAGGAAAUUAAGCUUGCCAACUGACCUAAAGCCCGAUUUAGAUGUGAAAGAUAAUUCCUUCAGCAGAUCGAGGAGUUCAAGCGUAACCAGCAUUGACAAGGAGUCCCGCGAGGCUAUCUCUGCUCUUCAUUUCUGUGAAACUUUUACUCGGAAGGCAGACACCUCCCCGUCCCCAUGUCUGUGGGUGGGGACCACACUGGGGACAGUGUUCGUCAUCACACUGAACCUCCCCCCGGGGCCAGAGCAAAGACUCCUUCAGCCAGUGAUUGUGUCUCCAAGUGGUACUAUAUUGAGGUUAAAAGGUGCAAUCUUGAGAAUGGCAUUUCUGGAUGCCACGGGCUGCUUAAUGCCACCUGCGUCCGAACCCUGGAAAGAGCCCAACGUUCCCGAAGAAAGAGACGAAAAGGAGCAACUGAAAAAGCGGCGCCCUGUCUCAGUCUCCCCCUCCUCUUCUCAGGAAAUUAGUGAAACCCAGUAUGCAGUGAUUUGUUCUGAAAAGCAAGCUAAGGUCAUCUCACUGCCAACCCAGAACUGUGCGUACAAGCAGAACAUUACUGAGACGUCCUUCGUGCUUCGCGGAGAUAUCGUAGCACUGAGCAGCAGUGUCUGCCUCGCCUGCUUCUGUGCCAAUGGCCAUAUCAUGACCUUCAGUUUGCCAAGCUUAAGACCUCUGUUGGACGUCUACUACUUGCCCCUUACCAACAUGCGGAUAGCCAGGACCUUUUGCUUCGCCAACAAUGGACAAGCGUUAUACCUGGUAUCACCUACAGAGAUCCAGAGACUCACCUACAGUCAAGAGACAUGUGAAAAUCUUCAAGAGAUGCUGGGUGAGCUCUUCACUCCUGUAGAAACUCCAGAAGCGCCUAACAGGGGGUUCUUUAAAGGCCUGUUUGGUGGCGGUGCCCAGUCUCUGGAUAGAGAAGAACUCUUUGGGGAGUCGUCUUCAGGACGGGCCUCAAGGAGCCUUGCACAGCACAUCCCAGGCCCUGGUGGGAUUGAAGGGGUGAAGGGGGCCGCGUCUGGAGUCGUGGGAGAACUAGCCCGAGCCAGGUUGGCCCUUGAUGAAAGAGGGCAGAAGCUUGGCGACUUGGAAGAGAGAACUACAGCCAUGCUAUCUAGCGCAGACUCCUUUUCGAAACACGCUCAUGAGAUGAUGCUGAAAUACAAAGAUAAAAAGUGGUACCAGUUCUGACAACCAGACAACUCCAAUAAGAGCUACUUCAGCCGGGAGGAGAAGGAAAUUUCCUUGUUGUCGUCGUUGGGGAAGAGAACACAGAAGGGAAGCACACUCCUGAAAAGUGUCUUCCCCAAUGCAGCCAGGCACUGUUUUACCUCAGUCACACGGCUUUACCUGAGAACACACACACACACACACACAUGCAAACUGGAGCAUAUGGUGUGUGCUGGCUGUGCGCUCACAUUUGGAGUACUUAGCGGGGUCGUGCUGACAGAAGAAAACCACGAAGCGAGGUGGAGAAGUCCCCGUGGGCUAUUCCUUGGAUCAUUCCCGUAUUAAACUUUCAUAUGCCAAAAGAUUCUGCCGUUGUAUCUGCCAUCAGUGUUUGAUCCGAUGUGGGGAGAGGCAAUAAAUCAGAAGUUGUAAGUCUGAAAUGGUCAUAUUUGUGUCGGGACUCAAUGGUGAACAGCUGUCUGGACUUGCUCUCUCCCAGGCAGACUGGUCAUCAGUAUCCGUAGUGAAAAAGCAACAAACUGUCCCUUUUUCGUUAGAUCGUGCUGAAUGGUGGGUUUUAAGUAAUCAGAGCAUACACACAGCUGUGUAUGGAGUCCUCUUCAAUCCUCGUUACUAUAUAUUUGUGUUCAGUUCCUAUUUUUUCAGAAGCAAAACAAGGUGAUACAUCACUUUUCGUGGAAAAGUGUAGCGCAUGACUGAAUUGCUCAUCUUCCGAGAGUCUCCUUGUAGUGGCCAUGCGGUGUGGAAAGUAAGAAACCCUCCAUUGUGGUGAGGAGAAUUCUUCAAUGUCUUUUGUCCCUGUUCACAUUAAUUCAGCUGAAGGUAGAUUUGACCUAAAGAGUUACUGGUUAAAUUUGUAGAAAAGUUGAAAUUGGCUAAGUUUUUUAAUUUUGCUUGACUUUUUAUAAAAUGUUUAACCCAAUGUACCCUUGCAUUAUUUAAUUAAAAUUGCUAAAACAA